AUGUCGGUAAGAAAUCGUACGGCACCCGGUCCCGACAGAAUAAGACCAGAACACCUGAAGAGCCUUCCGCCAGUACUAAUCAACACCCUGGCGAGGCUCUUUACACGUUAUCUGUCGGAAUGCAAGGUUCCUAAACAGUGGAAGACCAGCAAGACCGUGCUGUUGUAUAAAAAAGGAGAUCCACAUGACAUCGGCAACUAUCGCCCAAUCUGCCUACUGUCCGUCAUCUACAAGCUCUUUACAAGAGUAAUCCUUAAUAGGAUUGAAAAAGUCUUGGAUGAAGGACAGCCAUGCGAGCAAGCAGGGUUUCGAAAAGGAUUCAGCACGAUUGACCACAUUCACACUGUUUCGAAACUCAUCGAGGUAUCACGAGAGUACAAGAUGCCGCUCUGUCUCACCUUCAUCGACUUAAAGGAGGCCUUCGACUCAGUUGAGACGGAAGCGGUCGUGGAAUCCUUGGACAACCAAGGCGUCCCUACUCUAGUACAUAAAGGUACUUCGAGAGUUGUACAGUAA